GAACGCCUCACUCGACCGCGAGAGCCCCUACCCAAUCUACGCGGCGAAGACGAGACUGAGCUCUCGUAUCUAACGAAUCUAAUCGAGACGCUAUCGUGGAUCCUGUUUCCCACCAAACACUCUACUUGCGUAGUUGGCCGCCAUCCGCGUCCUCCCGACACCUCUAGCACAUUCUGUGCCUCCCUCUACUCUAUGGGUAAGGGCGGCGUGAAAUGUCUUGAUAUAGGACCUGAGAUGGGGGUAACAAGGAAGGAGGUGUUGAAGAAGCUAUUGGGGGUUGUCGAGCUGGACAUUGGCAAGAUGAUGUACAGGGAUGCGAGA